AUGAAUGGCGACGAGGGACCAAAAAGCCGCCAACAUAGUGAAUCCCUGGAGCCAGGCCUUUCCGCAGCAUCGUUCGGUCCAUUAAAGCCCAAACGUGUGAGAACAGGAUGCCUGACGUGCAGGAACCGACAUCUGAAGUGCGACGAGGCCAUGCCGGUGUGCGUGAAUUGUCAAAAGAGCAAUCGAAAAUGUGAGCGUGGGGUCCGGCUGAACUUUAUCGAUCUCAAGGUUGAGCAGCCUCCCUACUUAUUACCACCAGUGGACUGGCAGGUCAAAUUCCAAGACGAGUCUCGCCACAUUGCCUCCGAAUAUGUUGGCGGGCUUGAACGCUAUGCUAAACUAGGUCAACAAGUCGUUACGCCUCCUCGAGAACCCGACGUGAGCCAACCCGAUGCCAGACCUGUACCAAGGCUUGAAGCUGCCUCAUCCUUGGUUCCGCAGAGGGUGACAGCAGUAUCCUCGCCCGGACCGUUCCGCCAUGCAACUGCUUCGGGCGGGCCAGACCCCCACGACGGUCUGAUGACGCCGCAGUCGGAAAAGAACGGCGAGCGCGACUACCUCAGCUCACCAGAAGAGGUCCACUACAUGGAGGUCUUUAUCAACGAGGUGGCGGUAUGGAUGGACAGUUUCGACGGCCGGCAGCACUUUGGGACCGUCAUUCCCUACCUUGCGCUGAAAUCUCCUAUGCUUCUGGGCGCCUUUCUGGCCUGCGGCGUGAAACAUCUGACGCUGAUUGACCGCCGCAGCUACAAGGAUGACAAAGCACUACACUACUACGACACGGCAACCACGCAACUCCUGCGCAGCCUGCAGAACCCGGAGCGGGACACGGCCGAGUGUGCGACGACCGCAGUUGUGCUUAAUGUGUACGAGAUCAUGAGCGAGAAGCCUGCAGUGCGCAUGAACCACAUUGCUGGCGCGCGGGCUCUCAUCCGCGAGUGCAAGUGGGAUGCGAGGAGUACAGGCAUCGGCGCGGCAUGUUUCUGGUUGAAUGUGGGCAUGGAGAUUCUCAGCUGCCUGGCGUGCAACUGGGCGACGGCGUGGGACCCGGAUCACUGGGGUGUAGACCCAGAAGACAGCAUCGCUGGUGUCGUCGGCGACGAGGACGUCUGGGUGCACCGAAUCAUGUAUAUCGUGGCCAAGGUGGCCAACUUCCGGGCGAGCAUCCCGCCGCUCCAGGAACCCAGCGCUCACGAUGAGCAGGUGAGGCUGCAAAGCCGGUUUGCUGAGUGGUCGCAGCUGAAGACGUGGUGCGAUACGUGGAAUAUUCACUGUCCGAGCUCGAUGAGGCCCUAUGCCUACCUGUUCGACUCUGGUAAGAGAUCGUGCUUUCCACACAUCUGGCUUAUCAAACGCUCCGCCCUCGUAGGCCGUCUCUUCUACCACACAGCCAUGUGCCUCCUCGCACAAAUCAACCCGCUUCUGGCCAUCCGUGAUGAUGAUGAGGAGGCGCGGAAAGUGCAGCUGCACCACGCGCACCAGGUCUGCGGCAUUGCAGCACACACUCAAGACCACGGCGUCGCCUCUAUUGCCAUACGGGCGCUCGCCAUCGCGGGCUCAGUGCUCACCGAGAGGCACGAACAGCACGAGGUCCUCGAAAUCCUGACGCACAUCUACAGGAAGACAGGGUGGAACUUGAAGCGCGUGCAGUUCGACCUGAAGUGUGCCUGGGGCUGGGACAUUGCAACAGCGAGCCCCAGCACCCAAACGAGCCCAGCAGCGACGACAACGUACACGCCCGCGUCUGUGUCAUCGACGCCGCCGAGCGCAAGGCCGACCGUGAACCCACUGCUGGCGCAGGCGGAUUUUACCCAACCCAAUCACCCUUAUCGUGAGUGGUAUAAGCCACCAGAGAGGGCUGAGAAAUCCGAAAGGUCGGGCGGGCACGGGCAUCGAAACUCAUUCAGCAGUGCAGCCAUGUGGACUUAUUGA